AGUUGGUCGUUAGGAAGCUUAAAAACAUUUAAUAUAACGCCCUAAGAUGGCAUUUAAAUUUCUAGAAUUUGUUCGGCCGUUUUGUGCACUUCUGCCCGAAAUUGCCAAACCAGAACGAAAAAUACAAUUUAGAGAAAAGGUAUUAUGGACAGCUAUUACGUUGUUUAUCUUUUUAGUAUGCUGUCAAAUUCCCUUAUUCGGCAUCAUGUCGUCGGAUUCUGCCGAUCCCUUUUACUGGAUGCGUGUCAUCUUGGCAUCUAACCGAGGAACGCUCAUGGAACUUGGUAUCUCCCCAAUCGUCACUUCCGGUUUAAUAAUGCAACUGCUGGCCGGAGCUAAGAUCAUUGAAGUUGGGGACACGCCAAAAGAUCGAGCUCUAUUCAACGGGGCUCAAAAAUUGUUUGGUAUGGUCAUUACAAUCGGUCAGGCCAUAGUCUAUGUCAUGACUGGAAUGUAUGGAGAUCCAGCAGACUUGGGACCUGGUGUUUGUUUGAUCAUCAUCUUGCAACUUUUCGUAGCGGGCUUAAUUGUUCUUUUGCUCGAUGAAUUGUUGCAAAAGGGCUAUGGAUUGGGCUCUGGUAUAUCACUUUUCAUCGCAACGAACAUAUGCGAAACCAUCGUUUGGAAGGCGUUCUCGCCAACCACAGUGAAUACUGGACGAGGAACAGAAUUUGAAGGAGCCAUCAUCGCUCUCUUCCACUUACUCGCAACUAGACAAGACAAAGUAAGAGGAUUGAGGGAAGCCUUUUACAGACAAAACCUACCAAAUUUGAUGAAUUUGUUGGCAACGGUUCUUGUAUUUGCAAUCGUUAUAUACUUCCAAGGCUUCAGAGUGGAUCUACCAAUCAAAUCGGCUAGAUACAGAGGUCAAAACUCUAGCUAUCCGAUUAAAUUGUUCUACACAUCGAACAUUCCCAUUAUUCUUCAAUCGGCUCUCGUCUCUAACUUGUACGUUAUUUCGCAAAUGUUGGCGACGAAAUUUGCUGGUAAUAUUUUGGUGAACUUGCUCGGCCGAUGGGAAGAUGUUGGUGGUGGCGGCCCAGCCAGAUCUUACCCAACUGGUGGUCUCUGCUACUACUUAUCACCACCUGAAACACUGAUGCACGUCGUAGAAGACCCAGUUCACGCUGUGCUUUACAUCAUUUUCAUGUUGGGUUCAUGCGCCUUCUUUUCGAAGACUUGGAUCGAAGUUUCAGGUAGUUCAGCCAAAGAUGUUGCUAAACAAUUAAAAGAGCAACAGAUGGUUAUGAGAGGACACCGUGACAAGAGUAUGAUCCACGAAUUGAACCGCUACAUCCCAACCGCAGCGGCCUUCGGAGGACUUUGCAUUGGAGCUCUUUCAGUUCUCGCAGAUUUUCUCGGAGCUAUAGGAAGUGGAACUGGUAUCUUGUUAGCUGUUACAAUUAUCUAUCAAUACUUUGAAAUCUUUGUUAAGGAGCAAACGGACAUUGGAGGAAUGGGCACAUUGUUAUUCUAAUUUUCGGAUGAAUUAGGCCGAAUGUGUUUUUUUUUUCUCGAUUAAAACGACUGCGUUGUUCGUUUUUUCGUCCGAAAUAUCCCUUUUCCUCGUCGUUAUAUAUAAAUAUGUAACGUAACCAAUUUUGACAUCAAAGUUAUUGAAUAUAAAUAAAAAAAAAUUAUUACAAUCCCAAGUCCUUAGCUAAUUUGACUUUUCUAUCAGUGUUAUUGCCCACCUCUACUGAUGUGAUCUGUAUUUUAACAGGUUAGAUCCGUUAGAUGGCGUUAUUUAUUAAGUUUUCGAUGUACAAUGUCUAUGUGCUUUGUGAGUCGAAGAUAUUUAUCACAUCUGUAAAGAUUGACAAAAGUAGUGAAAUUACUUAUUUGUUUAAAUAAUAGAGCUGCAAUAAUAAAUGAUGUCUCAAUAAUGAUUUAUUAAUUAUGUCUUACAAUUUUGAAAUGUGAACAGCUGGUUUCACUAUCAAUACUAUUUCAUUAAAAAAUACAUUCAAUACUAGCAUCAUCAUACAAUUCAAUUGUUCUAAUAUACAACCCGAGAUAUGAUAUGUUGAUAAACAAAUUCGAUGGAUAAAUAGGAAAUAACCCUGUUAGAAUAUAUUCAUGUUAUAAAAUUAUAUUUAAUGAAUGUUUAUUUAUAAAGUAAAAAUUUAAAUUUUUUUUACAACCUACCACACUAUAUAAGAAAAUUGAUGGAGAGAAGUUAUUUAAACCCUUCUAAUAUAUAUUUAGUAUAAUGUAUUGUUUUGAAUACUAGAAAAAGGAGAGAAAAGUAAGCAGCUAGUUAAAAGGGUAGAAAUAGCAAUACAAUGACGAAUUUUAUUUUCAGUCAUUGCUGUUUGUAGUCUAUCUAUGCUAAUAAAAAUAUUUAUUAUCUUAUUUACUUUCUAUGAACUUUCAAAAGAUGUGAAUUCGUUUCGAUUGAUUUUAGACUUUUUUCUCUUUUUUAAUCUAUUUUUUAUGUGAGAUGCGUUUGGAAAAUUGAAUAAAAAUUUCGAUUUCAAUUCCCAAUCGAACGGAUCAUUAUCACUUACACCAUAGUUAGUUUGAAUAGUUUCUAAAUGUGCUAGUAUAAAAUCGUAAUUGGGCCUAUCUUUAUAAUCUUUGAGCGAUUCAAUAUGAUCAAGUAUGGUAUGGAAAUGUUUUGGUAGAUGAAUCAUUGGUUCCCUUUGCUCGUGGAAAUGCUCUUUUGCAUCUUCGAUAUCGUAUUUUUCAUAUAACUGUCUCCAUGGAAGAUUACCAUUAAGGAAUUCAAUUAUCAUAUAAAACCAGCUAUAUAAGUCAUCCCUUCUUCCAGCUUCAUUUCGUCUGUGA